AUGGAAAACGAUAAAGGCCAAUUAGUAUGUUUCAACACUUGAACUGGAAGUGAUACACAAGGAGGAUGCGAUACAAGUUUGGAGUGAUCCAUUUUUUUACUUCGAAAAGGAAAGAGGAAAUCAUGGAAAAUCUGUGGAAAAUUUAUGAUCAACAUUAUCAUGAUUGUUGGGUAUUAGCCUGAACAACUCACACGGUCUCACUAGAUUGAAUCCAGGGGAUACAUCAUACGCUAUAUUCAAGCUGGAAAUAAGUGUCACUAUCAUGCGAUUUAAAUAUUUAUUCAUAUGUUGUGUUCAAGCCUCGUGUUGUGGACUCGGACAAGUCAUGGACGUCCUCCGCGAAGAAUAAGCUUGGAUAAAAACUAUGGAGCUUUAUUGCCUCAGGUUCACAAAGUGUUUUUCCUUUAUUCCCAACAUGUUUUUCCAUUAAAGCAACAUAUUCCAUAGUUGAAGAUUACGAAGUCAGGUCGAGACGGAAAUAAACAACCAGAAGAUUUAUUGAUUUCUCCCCGUCCAGAAUCACGCAUCACAUGAAUGUGUACUUCCCACUGGAAAAUACAACUUUAGUACUAACCUUUUUUUUUUUGUAGGUGGAAUUAUACGUCCCAAGAAAAUGUUCUGCUACCAACAGAAUCAUCAAAGCUAAAGACCACGCUUCAGUUCAAAUCUCAAUCGCCAGAGUUGACGAAGAUGGAAGAGCCAUUGCUGGUGACAACGUCGUUUACGCCUUGAGCGGUUACGUUAGAGGUAGAGGUGAAGCUGACGAUUCAUUGAACAGAUUGGCUCAACAAGACGGUUUGUUGAAGAAUGUCUGGUCAUACUCUCGUUAA